GGAUGAGACCAACGGUCCCAGGAAGCAGGGCUGCUUAUAUCUUAUUUUGUAACGAUAAAAACAGGGAAUGCGCUGAAUUUGGAGGUCAGCGGGAACAAUAAUGAAGUAAAAUAAUGUAAAGAAUUAUGUCAGGUUAGCUUGCUGUCAACGUCAGGAUGUCUGUUAUGAUGUGGCGUUGAUUUCGGCGUUGUUUACUGUGCUGGGAGUUCCUCGGAGGGAUAACUGGAGCCUAAUAUUAGGCAGAAAAAUACACAUUAUAUUUCUCAUAUAUCGAGGGGUGGCGGCCAGCCAAUAGUUAACUCUGGAGCAGGAAACGGAGGAGAGUGUGGCCAUGACAGGAGAGACUGCAGCCACCCUUCCCAUGAGCAACCACACCCGAGAGAGGGUGACUGUGGCCAAGCUGACCCUGGAGAACUUCUACAGCACCCUGCUCACCCAGCACGAGGAGCGGGAGAUGAGGCAGAAGAAGCUGGAGAAGGCCAUGGACGAUGAGGGUCUGCCAGAUGAGGAGAAAGUAAUGCGCCGCUCGCAGCACGCCCGUAAGGAGACGGAGUUCUUGCGACUGAAGAGGACGCGACUCGGCUUGGAUGACUUUGAGUCUCUCAAAGUCAUCGGACGGGGAGCUUUCGGAGAGGUCCGUUUGGUGCAGAAAAAGGACACAGGGCACAUCUACGCCAUGAAGAUUUUGAGAAAAGCAGACAUGCUGGAAAAAGAACAGGUCGCUCAUAUCCGGGCAGAGCGGGAUAUUCUGGUGGAGGCGGACGGCGCCUGGGUGGUAAAGAUGUUCUAUAGCUUCCAGGACAAGAGGAACCUCUACCUCAUCAUGGAGUUCCUUCCUGGAGGCGACAUGAUGACCCUGCUGAUGAAGAAGGACACUCUGUCUGAAGAGGCCACACAGUUCUACAUCGCAGAGACGGUUCUGGCCAUCGACUCCAUCCACCAGCUGGGCUUCAUCCACAGAGACAUCAAACCAGACAACCUGCUGCUGGACUCCAGGGGACACGUGAAGCUGUCAGAUUUCGGCCUGUGCACGGGACUGAAGAAGGCUCAUCGCACUGAAUUUUACAGAAACCUGACGCACAACCCGCCCAGCGAUUUCUCCUUUCAAAAUAUGAACUCCAAGAGGAAAGCAGAAACCUGGAAGAAGAACCGGAGGCAGCUGGCUUAUUCUACCGUGGGGACACCAGACUACAUCGCCCCAGAGGUAUUCAUGCAGACGGGAUACAACAAGCUGUGUGACUGGUGGUCUCUGGGGGUCAUCAUGUAUGAAAUGCUCAUCGGUUACCCCCCCUUCUGCUCUGAGACGCCGCAGGAGACGUACAGGAAGGUGAUGAACUGGAAGGAAACGCUUGUCUUCCCGCCUGAAGUCCCCAUCUCAGAGAGGGCCAAAGACUUGAUAUUAAAGUAUUGCACGGAUGCUGAAAACAGGGUUGGAGCUGUGAGUGUGGAGGAGAUCAAAAGUCAUCAGUUCUUUGAGUCGGUGGACUGGGAGCACAUCAGGGAGCGGCCAGCAGCCAUCUCCAUUGAAAUCAAGAGCAUCGACGACACUUCGAACUUUGACGACUUCCCCGAAUCGGACAUCCUUCAGCCGGCCAAUGCAACGGAGCCGGACUUCAAAUCGAAGGAUUGGGUGUUCCUGAACUACACAUACAAGCGCUUUGAGGGUCUGACUCAGCGAGGCACCAUCCCAAUAUACAUGAAGGCAGGGAAGGCCUGACACAGGGAGACGGAGCGGUGGAGAAGGAACAGUCGUUUACGGACACAGGGUCGGGCCCCGGAGCCCCGCUGCUGCUGAAGGCUGCGCUGUCAGCCUCUCAGAAUAAAUGUAACCCUCAUCACAACUUAUUUAGGUCUGCUCGGUCGCCGCAAGAACGCCAAGAGCUCGGAAAUGAAGGAGCGUUACCGCAUUACCUCGGUUGUUUAUACAUCAUAUACACGUGCCGUCUUUAGCCAUAGCUCUCAGGCAGGCUCCAUAGCUAGGACAUUUAAUCAGCGUACAUGCAUGUACCUGCAGCAUAUUGCUUCUGGAGAGGACGCUUUACUGCCAAAAGGGAAUAUUGGGAAUGAGGAUUAAGUAUAGUUUCUACACUGGUGUCUAACUUAGUCUCAUACUGUAGACUCUACUCUCUGGUCAGUCUAAGUAAAAGCAGGCCCCCUUCACUUCCUGUCUGUGGAUUUUAGACUAAAGUUGCGGCACGAUUUCUGGAUAUUUUGCUCAAACUAAAACAGUUAACAUCUAUUUUAAAAAGUGUAUCUUUCUAGCUGCCAGAAGCAUCUUGUUUUAGGAAAAAGCUCAGAUCCUGCUGGUGCUAGUUAGUAAAAUGCUAUCCCAAACUAGGGAUAGAAAAUAUAAACAAGAAUUAAAUGUAGGUUUAAACCCUGCUGGAUCCUGCUUCAUUCGUCAUGCUGCUGACACAAAUCUCUGUGGGAAAUAGUCUUCUGUGGCGUUGCUUUUCUCACAGAGAAACAAAUUGUGAAUGCAGUCUGCCUGUGCUUGACAUGCGUUACUGUGGAGCGUUGAAUCAUAUACAUGCGAAUCUAAGUGCAGUGUGUGUCAGCUGUGUAGUUUUUUAGAUCAGGUCUAACGUAACUGAUCAUUUCCCCAGAUUUAAUUUUAAUCACUUACCUCUCAGAUGGCAAAACGUGCAAAGUGCCUUUAAAAAGCUGAUCAAUAUGUAACCAGAUGUCUUGCAAUGUUAUCAUAGAUAAGUCAGACGGUAUUAAAAAGUAUUAGACAUUUUAGUUAAGCUAUUAAAAGGAUGAGAAAAUAUUUUUAAAAAGGGCCAGUAUAGAAAGACUGUUGUUGGUUAUAUAAGUAAACAAGGGGCUCAUAAAAACAAUGCACCUUUUGAGAAAGUCAAUUAGAAUAGUUUUGAAUAAUUUUGAAUAAAGUCUCCAAUUACUGUAUUUGAUGUUAGCUUUUCCCCCUCGCCCUUAAAGCUUAAUGUCAGGCAUGUCUUACUCAACAACACAAUCUGUCUGCUCUGAGUUGUGACCACACACAGCGCUAAUAAUAGUUACCAAAGAACUAUUCACAUGGAGCUGUGGCUUACUGCACUUAACUUACACUACCUUUUAAAAAGAGAAAGCCUUUCCAAGAGUGCUACACUUGGGGAUGGAAUAAAUUGCCAUUACUAUUUCUACACUGUAGAAAGAUAAGUGAGCAGAGUGUCAAAAUACAAGCUAUUAAUGUACAUACAGGUAGAGCUGUAGGCACCACAGGGCUCCCGUAUUGAACCGAUCGUGGUGCUAUUUUUGAGGGAUUGAAAGAGAAAGAAAGCGGUCUUGUAGUUUGAUACAUUAGAGUAGUAUGUAUAUUUUGUAUCUGUUUAACUCUUUUAUCCAGGUAGACCUGUUACAAAUGGCCAGUAACACACCAUAAAGAUUUAGAGCUGCAUUGUCGUUAGUAGAAACAACAUAAGCAGUGUGCAAACUAGGAAUGGCCAAUGUCUUUAUUAUUUAUUAUUUUUCAUGUUUGAUGAUAGAUGAGAUUUUGUUAAUAUUCACUGUAUUUAAAUUGGAUGGUUUCUAUAUCACCCUAGAAAGGGGGCACCCUAGAAUUUUAGCUGUGCAAAGCUGACGCAUUUAAAAAAAACAUGUUGAAGCAUUGACAACGUUUCAAAAGCAGUUCCUACCCUUCCCAUAAUGCAACAUGAUGGCUGUUGUUAUUAUACAGAAGUCAUUGAACUGUUUUCGCAGGCUGAGUAGUACUCCAACCUGUGGAGUACCCCAUUAAUACAGAAAGUAUAAAAAGACAAAGUCAAACAAUUUGCCAUAAUAUAAAUCCAAACGUAUGAUUGUAACCCAAAUACCAUGCUGCAGUGAGGAUGUCAUUCUGUAUUCCAACCCUAAAGGUAGCUUCGCCCUGAUUCGCGUGGCAAAAGCUAAUGGGCUGUUUCCAUUGGAUUCUGGACCAAUGCAUAAAAUAAUCGCUGCAGUUUGUGAUACUUACACUAAAACUACUGUUAGAUUUUUGGAGUAAUAAGCUAACAUUAACCUAUGAAAGAACUAGAGCAUGGGCACAUGACUAAGUCACCCCCCGCUAAGCUAAUGGCUCCUAAUGUUCAGUGUGAUGAUGUUUAGUUGUCUCAUUUAGACACUUGGAAGCUUCAAAAUUCAACAGAGGGGGAUUUACUGAUGUAUUUAUGUUGACAUUAGAAAGUUACGUCUGUUAAGUUUGUGUUAGGAAAGUGAAGUGUAAUAAAUGCAAAUCUGUUCAAAUCAAAGCUAAGAAUAGGCUGCAUGAAGACGCUGUAUCAGGACAGAUGCAUGAUGGGGGAUUUUGUGAUGGCUGCUGCUGGUCUAUUGGUUGUAUCACUGGAACACGCUGAUACAAAAUGCUGUAUUCAAACCAAACAGUUACAUGAGAAACUAAUGUGACUGUUUUGAUGAAGGACAUGAAGUAAUGCUGUUUGUUGUGAGGUGAUGUGUAACUUAGUUCAAUGUCAAACUCAUGUGCUGUGUUGCAAUAGAGAAAGUGUUACUUUUUUCCCCUUCAAAAGUAGAUAAAAAAGGAGACUGCAUUUGCCAUUCAUACAAUUCUAUAAACGUCCAACAUGACUUGAAAUCCAUUACUGUUUCAUUUUCUUCAAGGGAGCUAAAUCAUUAUGAAUUGAGUACAGGCAACGUUUCACUUUUAUCCCAGGUUUUAUGCAAUUAAAUCCUGAUGGACCAGACCAGCUGAAGGACUCCCCCUCUGUGUAGGUAGUCACUGUCCUUCAUUAUAAUAUUUUAAUAAUAUAUCCCCUGCCAGUCUGAACCCCCUCCACAGGCCAGGACCAUGUUGUGAGGUAUUUUAUGUAAUGCUGUGUCCAUACUGUUGUAGACAAUUGAAGGAAACUAUCUGUGGAAUAAAGGAAAAGUUCAUUAAUAUAUUAAUACACAUUGAUGAGUUUUUAUGUUGAUACAAUGCUUCAAAUAAUUCAAUUAAAUAUUUGAAGUCA